CUCACACCCGUCUUGAUCCGAUAGAUUCGGGUAAACGUUUUGGGAUCAAAUUCGAAUUAUUUCAAUCUCAAUUUCAGAUAUUUUAGUGGUAAGUCGGGUGAGAUCGGAUUGGGUUGAUUGUCAUCCCUAAUCCCUAACAUAGCAACAAAUUUUUUUCCGCCCUUAGCGAUUUUUUUCCGUCGGUGUCCAAACGCCAUCCCGUCAUCUUCAACCUCAGUCUUCGCCUUUGUUUGCCGCGGACGAGAACGGGAGGAGAAUCGCUGGAUCUUCGCCGGAGUCUACAUCAAUCAAUUUGGGUUAAUUUGUCAAUUUAAUUGAGACCCGCACAGAGAGAAGAAAGAAGAAGCGAGAAUUCCAAAAUUCCAGAUCUUCUCCAAAUUUCCGACCCCAAAAGUCCAGCUUCCGGUCUUCUUCUUCAGAAGUCCCGCACAGAGAGAAGAAAUAAGAACUGACUAUUCAAAAUUCCCAAUCUUCUUCAGAAGUUUCAGAUCUUCACAGUCCAGGUUUUCCUUCACAUGAACCAUUACUAAGGGUAAGGGUAAGUCCAAGACCUAGGAAGACAAAGAGAUUGCGGAUGGCGCGCCAAGAUGAAUUCACGGGGACAGCCUCUGUCCUUGGAGUUGAUAACACUUUUCGGAAAAAAUUAGAUCGAGAGGAGUACUUGCAGCGUGCCCGUGAACGAGAAGAAAAGGAGGCAGAGGGACAGAAGGCAAAGUCAAGAGGUCCUCCGGUGCAGAGAAAACCCUUGAAGCAAAGGGAUUAUGAAGUGGAUCUUGAAUCCCGCUUGGGAAAGACCCAGGUUGUGACACCAAUUGCACCCCUAAGUCAACAGGCUGGAUACUUUUGCUCAGUUUGUGAAUGUGUUGUUAAAGAUUCUGCAAAUUACUUGGACCAUAUCAAUGGCAAAAAGCACCAACGAGCUUUGGGUAUGUCUAUGCGAGUGGAGCGGGCAUCUUUGCAGCAAGUCCAAGAGCGAUUUGAAACGAUGAAGAAGCGUAAAGAUAGUACAAGCAUUACUGUGCAAGAUUUUGAGGAGCGGAUGCUGAAACAACAACAUGAAGAGGAGGAGCGGAAACGACAACGUCGAGAAAAGAAGAAAGAGAAAAAGAAAGAGAAGGCAACAGAGGAUGAACCUGAAGAAGACUCUGAUAUUGCAGCCAUGAUGGGAUUCGGAGGUUUUCGAACAUCUAAGAAGUAAUCUGGCUCUUAUUAUGCCUAUUUUAAUCGGCUUCCCUAUUCUGUUGUCUUUUUUAUAGCCGGAUGUUUACUUUUACUCGAUACAGCAUGUGCUCUACACCUUAUUUUUGCAGAAGAAUUCACUAUAAUUGGCAACAAAUGUUAACCGUAUUUCGAGUGCGUUUAUUAUUUCGGAGGUCAUUACCAAAUGUAUAUUCGUGAAUCACCUAACUAUGUGAGAGGGUUAUUGAUUAAGAGCCAAAAUUCUAUAGGUCCUUAACCACCCCCCUCCCUUCCCACUUCUACCGAGGGGGUAAGGACCUUUUGUUCCAUGACCUUUAUUACAACUUCAAAACCUGCGAUUGUUGCAAUCUUAUGUGAAGGCUUUCCUUUGUUUGUCCUUGUAAGUAAAUACUUCAACUCUUU